AUGUGGAAGGAGGUCUGCAGCUCACCUGAGUAUGAACGCACCAUCCAGAGGGAGCGAGACAGACACAGCCGUCUGGCGGAUAAAACCUCUCAGCUGGAGCAGGAACGCAACGAGCUCAAGAUCCUGCUGGAUGAGAUCAGAGGCAGCAAGUCCAGCCUAGAACAUCUCAAACUGGAGCUGGAAACAGAUAUGAACAAUCUCAAGUUCCUUUUGAGACAGGAACAGGAAAAGCAUCAGAGCGCACUCAUGCUGUAUAAUAAAACCCGUGAGCAGCUCCAGAGGAAAGAGGAGCAGCAGCAAGCCGAGGCCGAGGAGCGUCACAAAGCCGAGCUGAAAGUUCGCAGUCUGGAACUGGAGAUCAGAGCCCUGAAGAACAGCAUCAAACAGAUUGAAGAGGACAGAGAUGAGUCUCAGCGUCUCCUGUCUCAUGAGCGCAGUGCUCGUGCCCUACAGGAGGAGUUACUCAACAACCACCUGCGUAAGCAGCAGGACAUUGAGGAGGAGAACCUCCGAAACCUCAACAAGAGCAAUGAGGCCAUGUCCCAGCUAACAGAGGCGUCAGACCGUGAGCGAGAGUUGAUGCAACAAAACCGAGCCCUACUGGAUGAACUGAAUGCAGCUCGGGCCGAGCUGGACCGCUCGCAGUGCCACAGCCGACAGGAAGAGUCACGGCUGGCGGAGGAGCGUGACGCCCUUCGCGAGAGACUGGAGGACGCCCGCAGGGACAUGAAACUGAGCGAGGAGGCCUUGGCCCAGACCGUAUUCCAAUACAACGGGCAGCUGAGCACGCUGAAGGCCGAAUGCUCAGUGAUCACGGCCAAACUGGAUCACGAGAGGCAGGUGAGGCAGCAACUGGAGGCCGAGGCUGAGGCGAGCAGAGCACGACUUCAAGCGGCGCUACAGGAGGCCGAGAGAUGCCAGACCUCACGCACGGAUGCAGAGCGCACUCUCCAGCGAGACCGUGAGGAGCACCAGCGGGCGCAGGAAAAGCACAUCUUUGAGUCCAGUACACAACGGGACACCAUCCAGUCCCUGUCCCAGAAACUUAGCAAGGCCGAGGCGCGUGCCAACAGCUUCGAGAAUGAGUGUCACCGUAAUGCUCUGACCGUCGCUGAGAAAGGCGUGUUGUUGGAGACUCUGGCCCGGGAGAAAGACCAGGCCCUGGCCAAACUCAAAGAACUGGAGGCCACGGUACUGAGUGAACGGGAGCAGGCCAGCCGUGCCGGGGCCAAACAGGAAGCCAUGCAGGAGAGACUGGCCCAGUCUCAGAGUGAGAACGCGCUGCUACAACAACAGCUGGAGGAGGCGGUGCAGAGGUUAGAGAUCGAGAACGCCAGACUGGAGGCCACGGCCAAACAACAGACCAACCGCAUUGAGGUGCUACAGAAGGGUGUUCAGGAGGGCGCUGUGCUAUCAGGCUCAUCACCUGGAGAAGGGGUCAGGAAUCAUUUGGAAGAUCUCGUCACAAACCUGCAGAGCAGUAAGAUGACACUAGAAGAACAACUCAACCAAGAGGUGCAGAAGCAGAGUAUGCUAUCCCAUAAUGCCCAGGACUCACAAGCACUGUGGGAGGAGGAGCUAAAGAGCCGCUCACAACUGGGACUCCGCCUCUCUGAGCUGGAGAAAGAGAAAGGAGAACUGACCAAUCAGAUGGAGCUCGAGAAGAAAAUGGCCAAAAAACUAGCCGAGCAGAAGAAAUCUGUGGACACCCGUCUGGAGCAGGAGAUGAAGAGAAACACUGACCUUCAGAAGGAAAUGUACAGGUUGAAGACACUGUUGAAAACCGCUAAGAAGCAGCUGCGGGAACAGGGCGGUGGACAGCUGGACUCUCCUCUGGGCAGCUUCAGAGCAGACAUGAGCCACCGUCUGGAGGCAGAGAGCGCCGUCAGCAGAAUGAAGACUCGGGUGGAUGAGCUGCAGUCUCAGUACGAGCGGGAGGCGUCGCGCUGCUCGCGGCUGGAGGAGGUGAACAGACAGCUGAAGGAGAAGCUGUCGUCUGUGAAGAGCCUGAGCCGAAGCCACGAGCAGCUGGAGCGCAGCAAGAGGCAGCUGGAGGAAGAGGUGGCCAGUCUGCGGCGGCAGCUGGAGGCCGGUGUGAUGGACCAGAGCCAGGCCGAGCAGUACCGCCGGGAGACGGAGGAAAGAGCCCGACAGGAGAUCCGACACAAACUAGAGGAGGUCAACCUCUUCCUGCAGACGCAGGCGGCAUCUCAGGAAGCUCUGGAGCAGAUGAAAGCUGCUAAUGAGGCCAGUCAGCGCGCUCAGCAGGAGCAGCGCAUCAGAGAUCUGGAGGGAGAGCUCAGCCGUUUACGCAGCGUUCAGCAGGACAGUCUGCUUCAGAGAGACUCCAGCCGCACAGAGCUGGACCGCUACAAACAGCUGUACAGCGAAGAGCUCCGUCUCCGCAAGAGUCUGGCCGCCAAACUAGAGAGGUCGAGCGAGCGGUUAGCGGAGGCCAACACUAAACUCCUGAGCGAGAGGCAGCGCAGUAAAUCUCUGCUCACCAGCAGUAUAGUGAACGGCGGUUUAGGAGGCCCCGCUCUGGAUGUGGGGGCGUACGGAGCCUCUCUAGGACCCCUGAGCAGGAGUCUGGGCCUCGGGACGCCUCUGCUGGCUACAGUAGGGGAAUCCCAGAGCAGCCGCGUAGAGGCCUACCUGGCAAAGAUGCAGACGGAGCUGGAGAAGCACAUAUCGAAGGAGCUGGACUAUGUGACAGGAGAGCUGGAAGGAGGAAGUGCCCGCAUGUCUCCCGUAGGAUCGGCCUCUGGCUCUCAGAAUCUGAACGUGAGUCCGGAGCCGCCGGACCCCGUGAGCAGAGCCACUCAACAGUACCUGGAGGUGCUGAAGAAGAACUACAUGAUCUGAGUUCAGUCCACACACUGUGAGCACAAUCAACUCCAGCGCCUUAUCGCUGACCCACAAACCCACUCAACCACCCUAAAAACACUAGUUUGUUUACUAAAGCUGGCGUUUUAAAAGCAGUUAUGCUGCCUCCUUAUGGUCACUGAAGAAAUAGUUCACCCAAAAAUGAAAAUUUGCUGGCCAACUAAAAAUGAGUUUGUUUCUUAAUG